AUGGCAACGUCCAAGCUACGCAAGGCCGCCCGUAUCAUUCUUAUCGGCGCUCCGGGCGUAGGGAAGGGCACCCAGACGGAGCGCCUGCUGCAGCGAUUCCCUCAGUUGGCAGCCAUUAGCUCUGGUGAUCUGUUGAGGGACAAUGUUAGGAACAAGACUCCCCUCGGCAUUCAAGCCGAAGCACUUAUGAAGCGCGGUGCUCUAGUACCUGACAGCAUGAUUCUUCGAUUGAUUCGCAAUGCUCUCACGACCCGAGGAUGGCUCAUCCCCGCCGAUGGGAUACAACCUAUCACCUUGAAUUCGAUGGCCGCGUCAGCCGAGUUGAGCGGUGGAGCCGACAACGAUGCCCUGGGUCGCGACGGCUACGUUACGAUACCGCCAGAGCUGGAUAUGGAGUAUCGAUAUAGUGAGCAUCCUGAUGCGUCCUUCAUCCUUGAUGGGUUUCCACGGAACGCCGUGCAGGCCACACAGCUGGAGAGCAUGGUACCUGUCAACAUGGCGAUCCACGUCCAUACCCCCGCCGAGAUCAUCGCCGAGCGAAUGAGCAACAGAUGGGUGCACCCAGCGAGUGGAAGAGUGUAUAAUACUACUUUCCACGCGCCGAAGGUGGAAGGCAAGGACGAUGUUACGGGUGAGCCCUUGAUCCAACGCGACGACGACAAGCCAGAAGUUUGGAGAUCGCGAUUGAAGACAUUCGAAGAGAGUAGCCGUGGCUUGUUGGAGCAUUACGAAAGCAGGGGUGUAUUGUGGAAGGUACAGGGCAAUAGCAGUGACGAGAUCACGCCAAAGCUGUUCGCAGAGUUUCAGAGGAGAUUUGGGUUGUGA